AUGGUCUCCAGGUUCCUGCUGCUUGUGGCUCUGAGCUGUUGUGUCUGCGGUGAGUCCCAUCUUCACUUUUAGUCUCAAAGAGCAGAUCUACUUUCAGACUAAAACACUUAAAUUCUUUGAUUAGAAAAGAUGUCCCAGUGUUUUUCUGCUCCUCUCUCCCUUUCUCCAUUUCUGUCUCCUCUACAGGAACCUUUGUUGUCAACGUGGCUCACACCUCCUAUCAGGCAAAGGUGAACCAGGAGGUCACACUGGAGUGGACCUUCACCAACAACUCUGACAACUCAUCAAAAUCUCUUUCUUUCGUCUGUGACAUGUUCACCGAUCACAGAUACUCAGUCCUUAUUGAUGUAUGA